AUGAAACCCUCUCAGAUUAAUUUCCUGCUCCGACCAUGGAAAACCUACAAGGACGGCACUCUGUUCUACGGUACUACCAAGACUGGUUCUAAGAGACAUCCUCUUACCACAAAGCAGGGCAACAAGAACUUCUACAAGGGUACGCGAUCUUCCGGCAUUGGUAACCACACAGCUACUGGUCGCUACACCAUCUACUGGGACCGCGUCCGCACUUAUGUCACUCCCGCUGGUCUUUCUAGCACUGAUCUGAAACCUUUUGUCUGCGCUACUUCUCCUCUCACAAAAAACACCUAUCAGGGUUACAAGCGUGCUGCUGUGGAUGGCAAGCUAUACCUUCAGAAGAUUCAGGAGUACAUUGAGUACGGUGAGUCCGAAAGUCCCGACUCGAUGCGCGAUCCUGAGACUGGUAUUGAGAGAGGUUAA